AUGUUUCCCCCCAGAGUCUGUGAUGGAGGCUCAGGUGUUUUUUCGUGGCAGGGGUGGCCUGCCAGGCAGGGCAUGCUGAUGGACCAGGACACUCAGUGGCUGUACCAGCUCCUGGCAGAAGUGCAGCUGGAGAAGUUCUACCUCCGAGUCCGGGAUGGUCUCAACAUCACUCGCAUUGAGCAUUUUGCAUACGUGAAGGAGGGAGACCUGGAGCAUAUCGGCAUCAGCAAACCUGCACAAAGAAGAUUAUGGGAUGUUCUAAAACGCCAUAAAAGUUCACGGCCUCGGAUGAAGGUGUUCGGGGGUCGUGAAGGGGAGCGGUCUCCAGCUCCAAACCAGGAGGUGUCCAGCACCCGCAUGCUGCCCUCUCUGAUCCAGGACACUGAGCUGGUCCUGGCGGAAAAAUUGGGCUCAGGAUCCUUCGGAGUGGUGCGGCGGGGCGAGUGGCACACGCCAAGCGGGAGAGUGUUGGUGGUAGCUGUCAAAUCCCUUAAAAACACCCGAUCGGCACAUGCGGACACCCUUUCAGACUUCCUCCAAGAAGUAUCCACUAUGCAGUCACUAGACCACCCCAACAUCAUCCGCCUGUAUGGAGUGGUGGUCACACAGCCGUUAAAGAUGGUAACUGAACUUGCUGCUUUGGGUUCGCUCUACGACACCUUGCGCUCCCGUCAGUAUGAAUACCCCCUUCUGCGAUUUUGGCUGUUUGCGACGCAGAUUGCAUCCGGUAUGGAGUAUCUAGAAAGCCGGAGAUACAUCCACAGGGACCUAGCAGCAAGAAAUGUGUUACUUUCGUCCAGAGAAAUGGUUAAAAUCGGGGACUUUGGCCUGAUGAGAGGACUGAACCAGGAGACGGACCAUUACGUGAUGUCGGCGCACAGACGCAUCCCGUUUGCAUGGUGCGCUCCAGAGAGUUUGCGUGUGGGUUCGUUCUCCCACUCGUCCGACGUGUGGAUGUUUGGAGUGACUUUGUGGGAGAUGUUCACAUACUGUGAGGAGCCCUGGUUCGGCCUGUCGGGCAGACAGAUUUUGUGGCGUGUGGAACGAGAGGGGGAGAGGUUAGAAAAGCCAGCCGACUGUCCUCAAGAGAUGUACGUUGUUAUGAGAAAGUGCUGGGCCAUCACUCCCGCAGACAGACCCAAUUUCUCAAAGCUCUGCACAUUAGUAGCAGAGGCUAAACCCAUGGAGGCACAAGCAGUAAGGGAGUUUGCUGAACCAAGAAAACUUGAACUUUUGCCAAAUGACAUGGUAACAGUGAUUGAUCAUGGUCUGGAUAUGAAUGAAUGGAGAGGUCAGAACCAGCGGUCACUGAGUGUCGGCUGGUUUCCCUCCAUUCUCAUCAUGCCGCCAGCUCCACCUGCAGCCGCCCCCACCCCCUCCCCAGUCCCAGGCACCGCCUUUAUCUCACCUCCAGUGAAAGGUAGUCUGCAGCAUACGGGGCAUGGAGACAUCAAAGUAGAGCAGUGCUGGGGCUCCCCAGAGGCUGCAGACAACAGUAUCUGGAGAUCUGGGCCAGGAAGGGAAAAAGAAGGCUCCAAUUUGCAGAAAAUGGCAGGAAUGUCCCUCAGUCUGGAGUCUGUUCUCGGCGGGAGUCGUCCCAGAGCUCACACUGUGGGCGUGAUGCGAGUGGAUCAACACGGGAAACUCAUGCCUCCUGUGAUGGUGGCGAACAGCGUGGUGACCCCCCAGGACCCACGCAGGUUCAGUGAGGCCAGCAUUGUCCCACCGCCCCGGCCCCCUCCACCGAACCUCAAGCGGCUGAACAUGAAGCCCCAGAGAAGACCCCCUAUCCAGCAGGCCCCACCGGGAACAUCAUGGCCUCCUCCAGGCCUCAUUUCGCCCCCAGCGCAGCAGCCCCCUCCCCAGUCUGUGACGGGGGGAAACUUGAUGAAGAUGGCCCAAAUGGCUCGCUCCACUCCUCAGCUGGAUGAGCCCGACAGCAAAGAGAGGGAAAGACCCCGGGAAAAGGCAACGAACUUAUACAGCACCAAGGACUCGCUCAUCUCACAGGUGAUGGAUGCGGUUCAUGGUGUGACCACAGAAGAAGUGCACAACGCUCUGCAGAAUUGUGACUGGAACCCUGUUAGAGCCGGCCAGCGACUAAAGUUGGAGCAGCUGUACUCGCUCAGCCUGUGCUCCAAAGAGGACUGUGUGAGGAUUCUGUCCAAAUACCAGUGGAACCUGGAGAUGGCCAGUCGAUACCUGAUCCGAUGGUCCCGGGACGACCGGUCAGGCCCCUGCGAGCGCGACCGGCCUCAGAUCAGUGCAGAGAGACGAAUGUGA